GGGGGAGUGGAGUGGGACGGGUAUAAAAAGGAAGUUGGAGGUCUGGGGACAAGGCCCUGUCAGGCAGCUGAGCACCAGGAGCCCGGGGAAGUGCAGGAAGAGGCCACCUGCUCUGCUGCCGCCGGAAUGUGGCUGAGGGUGGCUCAGACAGGCUUUGCAGUCCUGGUGCUGCUCCAGUGCUGCUCCGCCUACAAGUUGGUCUGCUACUAUACCAGCUGGUCCCAGUACCGGAAGGGCGAUGCGAGCUGCUUCCCAGACAACAUUGACCCCUUUCUCUGCACCCACGUCAUCUACAGCUUUGCCAACAUAAGCAACAAUGAGAUCGAUACCUGGGAGUGGAAUGAUGUGACGCUCUAUGACACGCUGAACUCACUCAAGAACAGGAACCCCAACCUGAAGACCCUGCUGUCUAUUGGAGGAUGGAGCUUUGGCUCUCAGAGAUUUUCCAAAAUAGCCUCCAACACCCAGUACCGCAGGACUUUCAUCAAGUCGGUGCCUCCAUUUCUGCGGACCCACGGCUUUGACGGGCUGGACCUGGCCUGGAUCUACCCUGGACGGAGAGACAAGGAGCAUUUCACCACCCUGGUCAAGGAAAUGAAGGCUGAGUUUGCAAGGGAAGCCCAGUCGGGAAGACAGAAGCUCCUGCUCAGUGCAGCAGUGUCCACGGGGAAGGUCACCCUUGACAGUGGCUACGACAUUCCCCAGAUAUCCCAACACCUGGAUUUCAUCACUCUCAUGACCUACCAGUUUCAUGGGGCCUGGCGUCAGACCACAGGACAUCACAGCCCCCUGUUCAAAGGCCAGAAGGACGCAAGUUCUGACCGAUUCAACAAUGUUGACUACGCUGUGGGGUACAUGUUGAGGCUGAGGGCCCCAGCCAAUAAGCUGGUAAUGGGCAUCCCCACCUUCGGGAAGAGCUUCACCCUGGCCUCCUCUGAGGCAGGGGUUGGAGCACCAAUCUCAGGGCCAGGAACAGCAGGCCCCUUCACCAGGGAGGAAGGCAUUCUCGCCUACUAUGAGGUCUGUGACUUCCUCCGCGAAGCCACAGUCCACAGACUCCUUGGCCAGCAGGUCCCCUACGCCACCAAGGGCAACCAGUGGGUGGGGUACGAUGACAAGGAAAGUGUCAAAAGCAAGGUGCAGUACCUGAGGAACAGGCAGCUGGCAGGUGCCAUGGUGUGGGCCCUGGACUUGGAUGACUUCCGGGGCUCCUUCUGUGGCCAGAAUCAGCGCUUCCCACUCACGAGCACCAUCAAGGAUGCGCUCCUUGCGGCUUAGACUCCCUUCCCCGUCCUUCUGCUGCCCCUUCCCUCUGCACACAGUGGGGCCAGCGAUGCCACACCCCUUGAUGGCAGCUGGCCAGGAGCCUGAUCACUGUCCUGUUGAGUCUCAGGCUGAGCCACAGCUCCGAGAUUUGGGCUCAGCUCUGGGGAACAAGGAGGUAGGGUGGGGCUAUGGCACAGCAAGGGCCUCAGGGCCAGCACGGUAAGACACAGGAUCAGCACACACUUGCUGAUUAAUGAAAAUGCUUACUGACCCCAAGCCCGGCACGAGGGGAUUUCUUCAACUCCCUUACCGCAGCCUACUUGCCAAAAGAUACCAUCUGUAGCUCUACCUCAAGUAGCCAGACAUCUUACAAGAAGCUGGGCCCAUACUAAUUAUACUCUAUGCAAAGCCCAAUUUGAAACCUUUCCCCAAGAACACAGUCAUGUCUCCCAUCCCACUUCCCUUUCCUAAUUCUGCAGCUGCUCAAUAAAAUACAAAAGAUUAACAGU